AGACGAUCUUCGCUGAAAGGUAGUUGCCGAAGUUGUCAGGGGCAGGCAAGAGUCCACGGGAGCGAGAAGUGUUGUGGAUUAUCAACACACCCCGAGCAGGAAAGGACGUGGAAGAGGAUACUGUCCGAGAAAAAGAAAAGAAAACAACAACUUUUCAUCUGGACACAGCGGCAGCUCCAAGGACAAGACAGGUUAGCUGUGAUUUAACUUCGCAGAGGAGCACCGGAGAUUACCGUCCUCUCCCUGAGGGACUCACAGGCGGAGACACGUUCAGUUCUUCUGCAGAGCCAUGGUAAUAAAUAUUUCCCUCUUAUGCUGAGCUGCCUUGUGGGACAGUCAGAGGCAUCAUGGCAGAGCUGCCUAUAGCCCCGGGCCAGAUCUACAUCGAGGUGGAUUACGACUAUGAGUACAAGUCCAAGGACCGCCUCAUUACCAUUCGAGAAGGGGAGCGUUACAUGCUGGUCAAGAAAACGAAUGAGGACUGGUGGCAGGUGAGGAAAGAUGAAUCCACAAAGCCAUUCUAUGUACCUGCUCAGUAUGUGCGGGAGGUUCGCAAAGCCCUCAUGCCGCCACCCAAACCCAUCUCGCAUUCCCUCGCUGCGUCUGGAAACUCGAAUCCGCAAAGUGGCGCCGCACUCUGGGUGAAACCAACCAGUCUGGACCUGAGCCCCAACAAUCGGCCCGCCGAGUCCCUCCAAAGAAACGAGUCCAAAACCCGCCGCUCUCCUUCAGCACAGACUGCCUCUUCUGCUCACUUCAGUCCACCGAUCCACCGCAGGGACACUAACCACCAUCACACUCCCGGUACGCCCACGGAGCACGAGCGAGCUCUGGCUGAAAUCCUUGUUCAGGGCGGCGCUCUACAGCCUCCCCAGAAAGGGCGCUCCAGCACCCUUCCGCGCAACCGACCGCGAUCGCCUGACAUGGUGAGGGCUCCUUUAGACCUGGACGUAUCCCAGCACUGCGACUCUGCAGGAGAGGAAAGACGCACCAAUGAUUCGGAGUCAGGAGAUGAACUGAGCAGCUCUUCUACUGAACAUCUCCAGACUGUUUCUUCAGGCCAAGGCCGCCCAGAAUCUCCAGUCUACACCAACCUCCAGGAACUGAAAAUCACCAAGACAAGUCUACCCCCCGUGCCGUCUGGCUCACCCAUUCAUGCAGUCGGCGACUGGGAGACCUACAAGGACCACAGCGGCAGACACUACUACUGCAACCGCUCCACCCACGAGAGAACCUGGAAGCCCCCGAGGACCAAAGAAGCUGGCAGCGGGAACUCCAGGGAGGACAGACACAGCACUGGGGGGAGCUCUGAGACAACUCCUCUCUCGCUCUCGCCAUCUUUCCUUCCCUUCCUGUCGCUGUCCGUCGGAGGACUCCAGCCUCUGUCCUCAGAGGACGCCUGCUUCAGCGCCUACUGUAGCCAGUCAGACAGCCAGUAUGGCUCGCCUCUGCGCGGCUGGUCACAGGAGAUGGACGAACACGGGCACACGCUGUACGUCAGCGACUAUACUAACGAGAAGUGGUUAAAACAUGUUGAUGACCAGGGAAGACCUUAUUACUACAGCGCUGACGGCUCCAGGUCAGAAUGGGAGCUACCGAAGUACCUCUCGCCACCUCAACCGAGCGACGGACCAAAAAGUCGCAGUUUGGACAGGAAGAACGCGGAGCCCAUCGUCCUGACAAAGUGGAGACACAGCGCCUACGUCCAGGAGCCGAGUGAAAAGCGGCUCUUUAAAAGCAGGCGGGUCCGCUCAGGUUCCCUCCGCCAGCACCCAUACAAACAGCAAGAAGCUCCUCAGACUCCCAAGUCUCCCCCUCCUGACUAUGACUUGAGCCCAACGUCACCCAAGUCUCCCGGCUCUUCGUCUGAAAAGUGCGGUGUUCUCAAUGUGACGAAGAUUACAGAGAAUGGGAAGAGAGUUCGGAAAAACUGGACUUCCUCAUGGACAGUCCUGGACGGUUCAACACUUCUGUUUGCCAAAGGGCAAGGAGGAGGGUCAAGCUGGUUUGGAGGCAGUCAGUCCAAACCAGAGUUCACUGUGGAUCUCAAGGGGGGUUCAGUGGACUGGGCCCCAAAGGAAAAAUCCAGCAAGAAGAAUGUUCUCGAGCUGAAGAUCCGCCAUGGCACGGAGCUGCUCCUCUGGUCUGAAACUGACAGUGUGGUGAAUGAGUGGCUAAAGGCUCUGCAGGACUCCAUCAGUGCAUAUGCCUGUGAGUCUGAUGAGGCCAUUGAGGAGGACAUGCCCGAGUCACCUGGUGCAGAGAAGCAGGACAAGGAGAAAGACCAAAGGCUCUCCAAGAAAGACAAAGCCAUGAAGCCCUUGGCUAGCGUGGAGGCUACAGACAACAAGAAGACUCGGCACAAGCUGAAGAAGUUCCUGGCCCGCCGACCCACCCUGCAGAACGUCAGAGACAAAGGAUACAUCCAAGAUCAGGUUUUUGGCUGCAGCCUGUCCAGUCUGUGUCAGCAGGAGAACAGCACGGUGCCGACCUUUGUCAAGAUGUGCAUCGAUCACGUGGAGAAUAACGGUCUGUAUAUAGACGGGCUGUAUAGAGUGAGCGGGAACCUGGCGGUCAUACAAAAGCUACGCUUUGCUGUCAAUCACGAUGAGAAGGUGAACCUUGGCGACGGGAAGUGGGAGGACAUCCAUGUGAUCACUGGGGCUUUGAAGAUGUUCUUCAGGGAGCUGCCCGAGCCCCUCUUCACCUACGCUCUGUUCAGCGACUUCGUCAGCGGCAUCAAAAUAUCAGACUACAAGCAGCGGGUGCAGGCCAUCAAAGAGCUGGUGAGACAGCUGCCCAAGCCCAACCACGACACCAUGCAGGCGCUCUUCAAACACCUCAGGAAAGUUAUCGACCAUGGUGAGGAAAACCGAAUGACCACUCAGAGCGUGGCCAUCGUUUUCGGCCCCACGCUACUCCGCCCAGAAACCGAGACCCUGAACAUGGCUUUCAACAUGGUUUAUCAGAAUCAGAUAGUGGAGCUUAUAUUGCUGGAGUAUGAAAACAUUUUUGGCAGGUAGACACCAGGAUCGUUUCCUCUACACACCAAAGCAGAGCUCUAGCUGACCCGGCAGCCCUGCCUUAACAGAAAAUAAAUAAAUACAAAAAAAAAACCUGGAUCUGCUCGGCUUCAUCUCGAUCCAUCCUGUCACUGCUGGUCAAAGUCAAACAUCUGAGCAAUGUUGACUCCUGCUCCUCCAGAGGAAUGACCAAAUAAACUUUGACUCUUUGCACUUUUUAGUAUCUCUUUGUCCUGCAGCUGCAUUUGUGCCUCUUCUCUGCGAAGGUGGCAUCCUCCUAGUCCCGGCACUGGAUUUCCUCUAAACCUGCGGAUCGAGCAACCUUCUGCACAGACUGAGGCUAAAGGAAGCAGAUGGAUGCAGCUUAAACUGACUGUAUUACAGAUAAGGCAUCAGUAUUGAAGCUUUAUGAUGCUGAACAGGAUCUGUAUGUGCUGUACUGUAAAUCUUAUCGCUUAUAGUCACUCCUGUCAUGACCUCAUCCUGGGCGGACAGACAAAAACCAAACAGUGGACUUAACCUCAGCUUGGCUUUAGAUGUUUAUUAACUUAAAGGAGAUAGACACCAGUAAAUCACAUGGGGAGAAAUAUUUUGGCCAUUUUUAUUGUGAUGUCUUCUGUCUCCUUUUUCUUCCCUCUUUAUGUUCCUGAGAAACAGAAAAGAGGUUCUUUGCAUUAAAUAUUUUAGAACAAAUCAUCUCAGCCUCAGCUUAAAACAAGGGUACUCAUCUGCUUCUUUAAGACUAGUAGACUAUGAAAGGUUUGGGCGAGCAGCCUCUGAACUCUGUACAGUGUUUGUGUGUGAAUGCGAACGGAGGGGUGGAUGGACGGAGCAGAGAAUGAAUGCUUUAAAUAAACUGUAAAAAUAGUAAAUAAAAGUUUGUAUGCUUUGAGUGUUGAUAAUGUGACCCGAGGGAGAGAUCAUUAUUUUUGUGAUGCUCGCUGAAGCAACAGAUGUGAGGAGUGAUUAAGCGGACUGGGCAUGAUGGUUUACACGUGAGACCGGUACUGUUGGCUGCAUCAAACUGGAAUAAAUACCUCUAAGAAGAGA